AUGGCCCUCACGCAGACGGUCACCAUCAUCAACAAUUCGGGCAAGAUUAUAAGUACCGGCAAACACCUGGCCGGUAUCUUCAAAGAAGCCAAGGCUUCCUACCAGGAGAAGAAGGCCGCUAUUAAGGCUGACCGCGAGAUCCUCAAGCGCGCUCAAACCUUUGACACCUCACGCGAUGUCGCUCCCGAGGUAUUCGAUCGCCGCUACUCGCACGAUGACGGCCGCUCCGUAGCCAGCUCUCGGAGGAGCCAUCGCUCCCGGCGCUCCCAGUCGAGCCACCGAUACCAUGAAGGCGAUGUUGAGUACUAUCCUCGACGGGCCCUGACCGAGAACAACCUCAAGACACAUUCCGAAGUCUCGAGUGUGACGCCAUCGAGAGCACCGCCGCCCACCGCAUACCGAGCCCCCUAUGCCGAAACAGCUGCUCGCGAUAUGGCUAUGAGCCGCCCCAACAUGCAUCACUACACGACCGCACCGACAUGUAGCGAGAGCCUCGCAGACUCCGCGACCAUCCGCGGUUCCGUGGUUCCCCGGACCAUGUCUAUGCCAGUGAUGGCCAAGGGCCACAAGGAGAAGGAGAUCGAUAUGGACCUCGCCUACGGCAACAUCCCUCCCGAUCUUGCAGAUCGCACCGACCUCGACCCCUUGACCAAGGAAAAGGAAGCAAAGACACUCGUCGCCCGGGUCGAGGGACUUCUCGACGAAGCCAAGUGCGUGCACCACUCGGCCACAGCUACCAUCGCCCACCUGCAGGGAAACCCGGAUGCCGCCGCUGCCGUUGCCCUGACCCUUGCCGAGCUGUCUACGCUCUUGAAGCAGAUGUCCCCUGCAUUCUUGUCGGUCAUCAAGGGCGGCUCGCCCGCCGUAUUCGCGCUGCUUGCUUCGCCGCAGUUCCUCAUCGCGGCGGGGGCGAGUAUCGGUCUCACCGUGGUCAUGUUUGGCGGAUGGAAGAUUGUGAAGCAAAUCAAGGAUGCGCAGGCCCAGCGACAGGCCGCCAUCACCAACGCCAUCGCACUCGAAGCCCAACCCGCACAGCAGCACAUCGAGUACGACUACGCCCCAGAACAGUAUGACCCGUACGCCCAGCCUCGGGAAGGCAGUGUCACUUAUGACGAGGCCUACAUCAUUGACCCUCGCCUCGACGAGGAGCUUAGCUCCAUCGAGAGUUGGCGUCGAGGUAUCGCGCCCUUUGGCGAAGAUGAGAGCGCCGACAUGGAACUCAUUAGCCCCGAAGCCGCUCGUUCCAUGCGCGGCGAUCCGGACACCCGCACGGAGCGGAGCUUCCGCACGCAACGCAGCUCCAAGACGCACCGCAGCUCAAGAACGGAAAGAACCGAAAAGACGGAGAAGUCGCACCACUCGUCCCGGUCGCACCGUAGCACGCACGACCCGGAUGUCCUCGAGCGCAAGAGCAGCGUCGCGAGGUCUGAGAGGGACGCCGAGAGCGUCGCCAGCAGCCACCGGAGCCACCGAAGCUCCAAGUCGAAACGUAGCGAGCGCGUGUCGACGCUGGCUAUCGAGGACGGCAGCCGCCAGAAGGAAGACGAAGCUAUCGAGGCGGUCCUUCGACCCAAGAAGAACAACAUGCUCAAGACCCUGUUCAAGAAGAAGGAGAAGGAGCACAGAGACAGAGAGGAGCGGGUGUCUGCUCUCGUGUUUUGA